AUGGCGCUGAAAAUUAAUACAGGGGAAACAGGGACUUUGAACCCACGGGCUGUUCCUGGCCCAGCUGACCUGUUCCACGCGCUGCGCUGGUACAAGCACAUCCAGUCCUAUGAGCGGCAAAAGGCCAGUUUGCCAGGAGUAAAGAAAGCUUUGGGGAAAUAUGGUCCUGCUGAUGUUGAAGACGCUACAGCUGCAGCCACAGAUAGCAAAGAUGAUGAUGACAUUGAUCUCUUCGGAUCAGAGGAUGAGGAGGUACUGGCUAAUCUUAAGCAACAAAUGGUCUGGUAUACAUUUCUGGUGAAAGUGAAGGCUCAGUAUGAAUCUAAGAAAUCCAAAAAACCAGCUCUCAUUGCCAAAUCAUCCAUCUUACUGGAUGUGAAACCCUGGGAUGAUGAGACAGAUAUGGCCAAAUUGGAGGAAUGUGUCCGAAGCAUUCAGGCAGAUGGCUUAGUCUGGGGAUCUUCCAAGUUGCUUCCAGUUGGCUACGGUAUUAAGAAGCUUCAAAUUCAGUGUGUAGUUGAAGAUGACAAAGUUGGUACAGAUAUGUUGGAAGAGAGAAUAACAGCCUUUGAAGAUUAUGUACAGUCCAUGGAUGUAGCUGCUUUCAACAAGAUCUAAACCAUGCUACAUCGGGAAUAAAAGUACCUGAACGCCUAUGGUCCCUCUGUUUGAUUCCAAAUAACUGAAUAAUCUAGCUCAAUUACAGCUCAAACAUUUCUUUGCCUGUGAAGUGAACUGCAGAAUAAAAAAUGAAAACUGAAUUAAACUAA